AUGUAUAAGGGUCUUACUAUCGUGCUUAUUACCAUUUUUGGUAUUGCUAGCGCUUCAAAACAUUUUAACGUUAAAUCCCACAGUAUUAACCAUGCUAUCCAACCACAAGUACGUCUUGAUCUUUGCCCAACAUGUAUUAAUGUUGCUGAUCAAUCCAUUAACAUUUUACUCAAUUUAAUUCUUGAUUCUGGUAUUAUUGGUACAUGUGGUACAUUAUGUCAAGCUUUGGCUGAAAAAACAGGAUCGCAACUCAUUGGCACAAUCUGUGAUUUAGCUUGUGAUGUUGUUGGUAUUGAUGAAUUCAUCAAAUUAAUCGAAAAAGCUGAUCUUGAUCCAAUCUGGUAUUGCGAAAUUGCGAAAUUUUGCCCAAUCAAUGAUCAUGGUGACGCUAAAAUUACCACAUUCUCAGUCUUACCAGCAACUGGCCGUCAAGGAACCACAUUUGCCAUUGAUUUUAGCUAUAUAACAUUGAAUGGAACUGGAACUGGUGAACUCGAUGUUGAUAUUCACACUCCCGAUCGUAUUCCACUUGGUGCUGGUUUCUUACUAGAAGCUAAAAAAGCCGGUACAUACAACGAAAGAAUCAGCGUCAAGGCCGAACCUGAUCCAGAAUGUGAUCCCACACAACAACCAUGCGAAGAAUGGUUGCCAGGAAUUUAUAAUGUAACAGUUCGAAUUUGCAAUGGUGAAUGUGGCUCAAAACACCCACACUCGGCAAUCUAUGACGCAGGUCAUGGUUCAUUCACACUUACUGGUUAA